AUGGACGUUGUCGAAGAGGAAGAGGCGACUGGUGCCGAAGGCAAACUUCCUUCCCCAAUAAUGAGUGCCCGUACCAGACUAAAUCAUGUGCCCAGACCCAGUUUUACCGUGUACGAGGCUUGGUGGCAAAACGCCCAUGUGGAAAUGGUCCAGAAAGGUAUGGAGUUCGGCGGUCAGAAGAAUGCAUGGCAGGACGUCGAAGUGGAUCAGUCCGUCUUCGACAAAAAGCUCAUCCCCUUGGAGGAAACGGAGUCGCCUUCGAAGACGAUGAUGCCCACGAAGCCACGGUCACCGGGGCCUGGCCCCAUCAAGAAGUGCGAUUGGAAGCCCAUAGCCGACAAACGAUUGAAGGACAAGCAGGUGUUGCUACACACCGACAGUGCUCGUGCGUAUAACUCCAAGACGCGGGGCGUCUUGCAUGCUUCCGUGGUUCACAAGAAGCGCCAGGUUUCGGUCGGUGGAAGGUGGGUGUGGCAGCAGCCUACCUACGUCAAGUUGAGGAAGGUGCUCUUGCCCAUCAACAAGCGUCUGACUGUAAAGAUCAGGACGCAAAUUGUCGAUCUCGCAUGA